GCAUCUACAAUUUCUGGCAUUCGAACCAGUGCCCGCGCGAAGCCGGACGGGCGUCAGGCGUCUUCCUCGGUGUUUAGUCACAGCAUCUUUUGUUUUCAUGUCAACCAAUAACACAACAGUGAGGAGAAGGCGGAUGUGUGAUAGGCAUCCAAUAUUUUGUCCCCUCGUCUGUGGUCUUGGCUCCUCAUAAAUUCGAGUGAUACAUCCAAAAGUCCCCAAUGGCGGUGACGGCGUUCCGACUUGUCAAGCGUGCCGAGAUCCUCUCUACACAAUUGUUAUUUUUGCUCCACUGAAAACGGAACAAGCACCCAGCUUCGCCCGACUGCACCACUUCAAUCGAACGGGGUUUUUUUUUUCAAGAUAGCCGUCAUGCGAGGCAAAAGAAAGGGCCGUGGAGGUAGAAGGGGUCUCCAAACCCCAAGUGAUCUACCUAGUGAUUCUCCCAAGCGCAAGGAUUCACGCAUUGAAUUCCAGGGGCAUUUGUCUCAUGCAAGCCCUCCAAUCACAAGGUUUUUCCAUCCUCAACCUAAUGACCAACUUGCCCCCAAUACUGAGAAACUUGCAGAGGUGUUGGAUCCCUCAGAGCAAGUUACGUUGCCUCUGAUAGACACGGAAGCACCAGUCUUAGAAGAAGUGGCACCUGCUACAGUACAACCUGAAAAACUUGAAGAUAUUUCUGACAAGGGAACAAAUCAAAGUCACACAUCCACCGCGGACUGCGCAGGAAACGAUAAACUAGAAGAAAUACGACCUGCAACUCCUCAUAAGAUUGUACUUGAUGCCAAUGAACCUUCUCUUACAUCUCCUUCUAAUGCUCUUUCUCAACUGUCACUCAUCAAUGGAGCAUUGAAAAAGACCACCAAGUCUCGUCGAAAGCUAAACACAAGUCAGACUGCCAACCAAAUAACCCUAUCUCAAGCAGGACCAAAAGUAAAUUGUUGUACCAAACCCAAACCAUCUACUGCCCCUGACUCCAAAACACCUGUGGUAGCAGCUGCAACCAAUGGAUCUCAGCAUAAACUGACUGAGUAUUUCCCAGUGCGACGUAGUGUCCGCAAAACUAAAAAAACUGUGUUGGAAGAGAAACAAAGAACUCUUGAAGAAGCUGUGCUAAUGUGUAAAGAAGAAGGGCUGGAGAUUCACAAUUUUGAGGGCAAAGGUCGAGGCAUUGUGGCCAGAAGACAUUUUGCCAAAGGAGAGUUUGUUGUUGAGUAUGCUGGUGAGCUAAUCAAGAUGGAUGAGGCUCGGGAUAGAGAGAAAUUAUAUGCCACAGACCAAAAUACAGGUUGCUACAUGUAUUAUUUCAAAUAUCGCAACCUACAGUACUGUGUGGAUGCUACACCAGAAUCUGAUCGUUUGGGAAGACUUGUGAAUCACUCACGAAAUGGAAACCUCAUGACCAAAACCAUCACAAUAGACAAUACACCUCGUUUGAUUUUAAUAGCCAAAGAAGAUAUUCAGUCUGGAGAAGAAGUCACAUAUGAUUAUGGAGACCGCAGCAAAGAAUCACUGAAGUACCAUCCAUGGCUUGCUUCCUAAAAAGUUUUUUUUUUUUAAUUUAUACAUGUUACCUUAUCCCCAACUAAAAUCUCUUAAACUCUUGCUUCAGAUUUCUGACAUAGUGGUUUUCAUCAAACCAAAGCAUUCCGUUAAUAUAAAGUGAUCCCUUCCAUUACUUUACAUUUAAGUAAGGUGUGGGGCUAGCUUCUGUACCAUUACAGUCAAAUUUUAAAACUUCAUUGUGAACAUGUUUGUGUAUGGUCAUAAUUAUUUGCACAUUGCUGAGUUCUUUAUUAUCUGCUUGUGCAGUAAAAUCACACCUUCAUGCCUAAGAUUUUGUAUAUAUAUUUUUUUCCCUUGAUAGUUAUUUUAUGCCUUUUUGACAGGCUUAAGCUAGUAUGUGUUGUUUUCGUUGUUGCUACAUUAAUUUUGUGAGUUGUUAUUGGUUUGAACUGCAUUGCUGUUGUGGCUUGUGUGCUUGAAGCUAGCAACUGAGGCCAAUGCAACUUAACUACCUUAUAGGCCCAGCAGCAAUGGAAACAAGUCUUCGUUGUAGACUGCCUCACAUUUUUGUAUCUUAUGUAACCUCUUUUGGUCAUUUUCAGUUUGACAGGACAGUGUUAGAUAUGAUUUUAAGUUAGUCUGAUGUGAUUUUACAGCGUGACAAACAUUGUAUUUAGUAUUUCAUUUUAAGUUUCUUUGAUGGCCUCAUAUACUUAGACCAUCAGAGGUCUGAAAAAAAUCGAGUGUGCAUAGUUUUUACCUUAAGUAUUUUAGGUGAAUUAGAUAGUUCUAGAGCUGUACCUCCUUGAAUAGUGAUUUGUUCCCUUUCUGUACAAUAUUCAGGGCCCAAAAAUAUUUUUAUGUACAAAUGCUUUGAUGCACUUUUUUUGUUUUGAAUGUGUGAAGCUUUCUUCAUACUUGAAGCAUGGCAAAUAUAGGAAAAAUAUAUCUGUAUUUAAUUGUAUUGUUAAGAGUCACGUUAAAAUAAUGAAAUAUUUAAAGAUAUGAAUUGUAAAGACUUGGUUUUUUAAGAAAAAUUAAGUAAAAUUUUUAAUUGAUGAAUUGCUCUUUUAAAACCCUCAUUUGCCACGGUGCUUUGAAAGGGUUUGGCUGUCUCAAACGUUAUUUAAAAGCAAAUUCCAGGGCAUCUAUGGUGUGUGUGGCAAAUAGUGAAGGAUGUAUAAAAUUCCCUCCCAGAGAAACCAAUCACUUAUGCUAAGUGGACUGAAUAUUAUGAUGUGAUGUGGUUCAGCUUUAUGUUUUCAUAAACAAGCAGUCCUUGCAAAUACUGCUCCUAGUGUGUUCUUGGGCUGUAUUAUGUGCUUAUGGAAAUACUUGGCUAAGCUGAAUUCACCUAGUACCAUCUCUUGAAUUUUUUAACUUUUUUCAUUCAACUGCACCUUAGGUCUUUCCUUGUCUCAAUAAACAUGUACACCUAGUGUAGUGCCUCUAAGUCUGUGCUUAUUUUUGUUUUCAUUUAAGAAGCACAAAACUUAUGGCCUUUUCUCUCAAAUCGUAAGUGCCUUUCAUAUGUGUGGAAUCCAUUCUUUUUGUAAAGUAUUGGGAUCAUUUAGCCUGUCUAUUAUUAUUUCAGAACAAAAUUAUUUCUAUAUAUCAUUAUUAUAUUUGAAAUGCUUGAGCAUUUCUCGACUAAUGUAUAAAUUUAAUUACCUGCACUGCCAUUUACUUGUACAAGCUACAAUGUGUUUUAGCAUUAUCCCAUGAGCAGCUUGUAGAGUAUCCCGUAUCCUGGAAUACACAAGUGAGAUCUGAUAGACUUAAGAAUUUUCUGACAUAUGCAAUUCAUAAGAACUGAAAGAGUUUAGUAGCACGCCACUAUUGUGUGGUUCGACCUCGCUUGAAUGUAUUUAGGGUUCCAUACUGCUUACUGAUGAGACGCCACCACGUGGCACACAGUGAGCCCCAGCCCUUU